UUACUGAAUUUUGCAGGUUAUAAAUAUCACGCGCGCAGAAUUUCAAACGAUUCUAAUAUUUUAUUAUGAUUUAUGGCUGAAUCAACUGAUAUGGACACGGAUGCCUAUUUUUCCAGCUAUGGUGACCUGGAGGUUCACAAGUUAAUGAUAAAGGACUCGGCUAGGACCGAGGCGUACAAAAAUGCUAUCCUAUCCAACCGCUCGUUGUUCGAGGGUAAAAUCGUGUUGGAUGUGGGAGCAGGCACCGGGAUACUAUCCAUAUUCUGCGCACAAGCUGGAGCCUCUAAGGUGUUCGCAGUCGAAGCCAGCAAGACGGCCGAAAUGGCCAGAGAGCUAGUAGCCGAGAACCAUUUUUCAGAUACUAUCGAAGUGGUUUACAGCAAAGUGGAGGAUGUAACUCUGCCCUUUAAGGUGGACAUUAUUGUUUCCGAGUGGAUGGGCUUUUACAUGUUGCAUGAAAGCAUGCUGGACAGCGUUAUCGUGGCGCGGGACAAGUUUUUGAAACCAGACGGCCUGAUGUUUCCGUCUCAUUGUACGCUCUAUGCAUCUCCAUGCGCAUUACCAGAUCUAUAUUCGGAGUGGGACAAUGUCUGUGGUGUAAAAAUGAGAUCAUUUGCACAAGCCUUGCGCAGAUUAUACUUGAACAGACCAAAAAUCAUGAGCAUACAAGUUGAGAAUAUGCUCGCUCAUAAUGUCAAUCCCAUUGUAGAGUUUAAUCUUAAGAAUUGCCAACCACAACAGCUUGACAAAAUCACUGCACAACGAUAUACAACUGUUGUUGAGAAAAGUGGAAUUUAUCAAGGAGUUUGUUUUUGGUUUGAUGUACAGUUCCCAACUACUAAUAUUACUCUGAGCACUUCACCCCCAUCGCCAAUAACACAUUGGAAACAGACAAUCAUAGUACUGCCAACACAAAUAGAAGUAGAAGAAGGUGAUGCUGUAAUGUUUAAUGUCGAAUUCCAACGCAACAGUACAAAUUCAAGACAUUACAGUAUUAAUCUAGAAAUGCUGGACUCUCAACAAGAAACACACCCAAACCCAUGUGAUUGCAAUCACACUAAAUGUAAAAUUAUUAAAACAUUUUUAUCAGUUACAAAAAAUAUUUCUGAUGAUGAGGAUUCAAGUAAUGAUGAGUAAAA